CGUCAGCAGUGCCACGUAAGCAGUGCCACGUAAGCAGUGCCACGUAAGCAACAGUGACACGUCACAGUGCCACAUCAGCAGUGCCCCGCCACCAUGACGGGCGCAGCCCUGGGCAUGCCAGGCCAACUGGCCAACGAGUCUACCGCCGACUACAAACAGCAGUUCCAGACUCAGCUCACACUGAUCGAGGCUGAGGAACAGCGCCAGCUGGCAGCCGAGGCUGCCCGCCUACAGGCUGAAACAGCGGCAACAACUGAGAAGCAGCGGCUUCAGGCCGAAGCAGAUGCAGAUACCCAAGCACGCCGAAAGGAAGCCCAGGAUCUGUUGCAGCGGCAUGAAGCCGCCAGCAUCGAAAGACUCAAGUAUUGGCAUUUUGAACCAUCUGAAGGACACGACGACGCGACACCGGAAGAGCAACACAGGGAAUUCAUGGCCAAACUCGUGACUCGGUUGGUUUACACUUGUAACCACCUGCAGUCCGAGCUGGCAAACCUCCAGCGGGCCGUGCGGAACCACAAGGCUCAACACGAGGAUGCAGCACAGGCACUCGACUCCCGUGUACAGGACUUGGAGCAAACUGCACCAAGACCGGAGGCUGGUGAGUCCAGCAGUGCACCCUCAACCCGCCAACUGGAGCAACGCGUCGAUCACGUAGUGGCAAUGCUAGGUGACAUCAGCACCUUCGCGGCGCCUGCCACCAUCAGCCAGCAGCUGGACACACUGAAGACCGAGAUCAGGCAGCAAUAACAGCCGUUUGACCCCGAUCGCGGCACCAGCACGGCGAAGCAUUACAAAAUGC